UUAUUAUCACUUGAUUAUUUAACUUUUAACUGAUUUUAAACCUCCAUAAAAAUUAAUUUUGUUUGCAGUUCGAAGCCCAGACCUCUGGCUCUACAUUCACACCACUAAAUCCUUCAUACUGCUCCUUUUAACUAAAAGAUUUUCUACAUUUUAUCAAAGCUUAAUGCAGCCAACACCAACAGAACAGACUACAAGUAUUUUAAAUGGAUGUUAUUCAUAUAAUAAUGAUGACAUUAGGACCAGUGAUUAUGGUUUUAAAAACAGGUGAAUCAUAAACCGCCAGGACCUCCUGGAAUGUGGCGUGUCUGGUUUUCAUGCAACGUGGUUCAGCUGCAGCCUCCUAUAAAAGUCAACAACUAAAGAGGCUGGACUUAGUGAGACACACAGCUUCAGUUUGGCAGCUAUUGACGCUCAGACAGUGGUUAUUCAAGGCGGCCGGGUGUUGUAGUAUUUAGUUGUUUUUGUAUUUUAAAGUGGCAUGAUAGUUUGGAGCUUUUUUAUGGCUAAUAGCACAACAAGAGGACUUUUCUUUCAAGAGACAAACUUUUCUAUACCUGAAACUUGACGCCAUCUGUCAUGAAUGGACGUGUGCUUAGUUUGUUCAAAUAUUUAAGUUGUGGAGUAUAAUCCUUUAAUGCGGACACACGAAACAGGCGGCUUUGUGUCUUAUUGAUUUAUGGGCUCAGUUUUUUUGUUGUCGGUGUUGUUGUUGGUCCUCUGAGCUCAGUCGUUGAUCAUGGUUGGUGGAGGAGUUCCUGAUCUGGCUCCAUCAGCCGCUGUCAAGAUCUUUUCAGCUGGAACAGCUGGCUGUGUGGCCGACCUGGUCACUUUCCCUCUGGACACAGCCAAAGUCAGACUGCAGAUUCAAGGUGAAUCCAAAGCCUCACUAGAUGUCCAGAGGGCGAGGUACCGAGGUGUGUUUGGCACCAUCGUCACCAUGGUGAAGACUGAGGGCCCGAGCAGUCUGUACAGUGGACUGGUGGCAGGACUGCACAGACAGAUGAGCUUCGCCUCGGUCCGCAUCGGCCUGUAUGACACCAUGAAGCAGUUCUACACCAGGGGGUCAGAAAGUGCAGGUAUCGGGACUCGGCUGCUGGCGGGCUGCACCACGGGGGCGAUGGCGGUGAGCUUCGCUCAGCCCACCGAUGUGGUGAAGGUCCGGUUCCAGGCUCAGGUCCGUCUGCCUGAGAGCGGCUCUGUGAAGAGGUACAGCAGCACGUUUGACGCCUACAAGACCAUAGCGAGGAACGAGGGCGUUAAAGGGCUCUGGAAAGGCUGUCUGCCCAACAUCGCUCGUAACGCCAUCGUGAACUGCUCCGAGCUGGUGACCUAUGACAUCAUCAAGGAGCUCAUCCUGAAGUCCAACCUGAUGACGGACAACAUGCCGUGUCACUUCACAGCCGCCUUCGCAGCAGGUUUCUGCACCACCAUCGUGGCAUCGCCGGUGGACGUGGUGAAGACACGCUUCAUGAACUCGGUGCCCGGGCAGUACAGCGGCGCGAUGAACUGUGCCUUAACCAUGCUGGUUAAAGAGGGACCCACAGCUUUCUAUAAGGGAUUCGUGCCCUCGUUUCUUCGUCUGGGCUCCUGGAACAUUGUGAUGUUUAUGAGCUACGAGCAGAUUAAGAGAGCUGUGGUACGACUUCAGCACUGAACUGUCUGACAGCUGGUUUGGCACUCAGUGACACACACGGUUAUUAUGACUGCUGCUGCUGCUGCUGGUCCGGACCUGUUCAUCCUCAGGGAUUAUUGAAGAGACCAGUCUCAAAAUGGAAAAAACGGCAGGGAUGAUUUUGCUGACUUGCGCACAAUCAGUGAAAAAAAGUCAUUUAGACAUGUCAGAGUGGGAAACGCAUCAAGAUAACCAAAUAAAUUGUAGCUGCUUCAGUUUUAGGCUCCUGGUUUGUGCAUGAUGCCUCACCUACUAUGACACCUGAGAGAAAGUUGUUUGUAUCGAGUAGAAUCUGAUGUGGAUGCAGAGUUUCAGAGUUACGGGAACAUUUCUAGAUUGUCUUUGUUUGUGGAGUUCAUGUCUUCUGGUGAAACGCCCUUGUUUGUAUGAUGAUGUGGGGGG